CUGUGUACGUCUAUAUGACCUUACCUAUAUACCUGUAUAUACAGACACAGGUAUUCUACACUAUAUAUAUCUUACACCUACCAGUUUUCUAGGGUAGGUGCAUAUCAACAAAGUGACCAUUUUAAACUUAUCUGAGGAUUUUUAAAAAUUUUAAUUUAAAUGGACAUUGCUUAUUCAACUCCUCACAAGUUGUGGUGUUGGACUUCAAACUGAUCCUUAAGGGUGUGCGUCGUAGUUGUCUGGAGUGUCAAUACGGAGCCAGCGACAGAGGCACCUAUCUAAUCUCAAGCAGUGUGCCCUUAGCUUGUGGAUGUGUGGUGGAAGAGAUAAUCGCGACUGGUGACCUAAGAUCGUUGACUAUCCAUGUGCUCUGAUGUGCCGGGCGCGCAUGAAUGUUAGAUAACAAGCGUUAUAAACUCCGACUGAAGUAAGACACGCUGAGCUGACUUCAAUGUCCUUAAGGAACAACAUCUUCUGUGCAUUUUGUGGAAAAGGAACAUAUUCCUGUAAUUUUAGAGCUGGAAGGUCGUUUCUACUGUAUGAUAUAUGUUUCGUGGGAAAUGUCAGGUGGAAUACCCUAGCUCUCCUGUGAAUCAGAGGAGACAUGUGCUGGUGACUUAGAUAAUUUGUCUUCACACAAAUUCCACGUGGAAUUACAUACGAAACACUAAAUGCAUGUGCAUAACAUGUGAACUACAAGUUAGUUUCUGCCAGUAUAAGUAACGACGACAUGGUCAGUUGUAUUGUGGCAGUGUCCUUACUCUGGGCACUGUUUGUCAACGUCACUGCAAAGUUGACGUUGCCACCUUUCCAAGCAUUAAAGGAAAACUAUCCUGGGUAUUUCCAUCAUGGCGGCCAUUAUCAUAAUCAUCGCCUCAUAGACAUAAUUGGAUGUUAUCAGGAAUUAUCUCGACAUGACACAGUCAAUUACGCCCUUCAUCAUGACACGAGUGCACUGCGAUUGUCGUAUGCAUUUAAUCGUGUUGGCGGAGUGCAUUCUCUUGGACCAGCUUACAUUCACUUAUCCAAAUAUGGUACAGACAGUGUGUUAGGUAAUGACGGAUUACAGUAUAUAUAUCACCCCAUAGCCUACGGACCGUACCUAGCGGAUAAAUAUGGCUAUCCAAAUGUGUCAAAAUUACAUCAACUUGAUCCAAUCACAACCAAGAAAACUUUCCAUGGAAAACAAGGAAUUCUUCGAGUGAUUACGUACAAGAAGAAACAUGCAAAUUUACCACUAGGACAUGUUGCAUUGUGGGAUUGUGAUCAUUUUCACCAAACUAAAGACUUCAUAGCAGACCAUACCUUAAUUACUGUGGAAUUCUGGGAAACACCAGAUUCCGACUGUUCUCGUUUGUCAUCACGCAGCGACACAAACUCCUGGUACAGGGACGCGAAUACACCACACCAAAGAGCUCCCAACCUCAACAUGCUUUUAAAAAUGCCAUAUCCUGUUGCCUACAAUUCUAUAAAAAACCAAGAUUCAGACAAUGAACAUUUACGGCACUCACGGCACAAAGGAAUUCUGGGAAACUAGCACCUGUGUGAUGUCACAUGUUCGUCAUUCUAGUCAUAGGUGAUUAUCAUCUUUGUAAACUUUUUAUGUAAUUCGUCUGGCAUUUAAGUCAGCGAUGGCUGUCCCUGUCAGUGACUCAUUGUGUUUUAUAAGAUUACAGGGUACAUAUGCAUUCUAAGUGAAUGGGUCCACCACGAGUGAUUUACAAAUAAAACUUUUCAACAGUGAUUUAAUGUGGAGUCAGUAAAUCAGAAAAUGUAUUUGAUAUAUUUAUCAGAAGCUGAACUUUCAUCCUUUCAAUCAAUGAAAAGACAAAACCAUCAAUGAAAUCAUUUGGAUAAUCAUUAACCAAUCAAGUACUUUGGUGUAACAAAUUAACCAAUCAAGUGCAUCUGUUCAACAAUGAGGAUGGUCUACAACUCAAAAUAGAGAGACUGACCAAUCAGGAUUCUUGUUACAUUAUAAUGUUUACGUCUGUCACCAAUCAAAUGAUCUCUUAUAUAUACCUUAAUUGAAUCAUUCAACAAUGUGAAUCAAAUUGAAAAUGCAGCAUUUAAAUGGCCUUUCAUCAGUUUCCUUUACUCCCCUAAAUUCCUCAAUGAACUGCUCCAGCACAAAGGAGGAAGAAUCUAUUUUCAGGAAUGAGGUAAAAGAAGAAAUGAGUUAAGGAAUGCUCAAACCCUUAUUUGCAUUUAAUUAUGAAAUAAAUAUAUAUGUUGGUACUUGUGUGUGGUAUAUCUUUGAGGAAAACAAUCAAAAUUCAUUGAAAAUAUCAUGAAUAUACAUUCAAAUCAGUGUGUCUUCUGUCAAAUAUACCAUCAUUAAGAAAGUAAUUUUAUUGUACUAUAAAUGAUGCUUUUAUCAAGUUAGUCAUCCGGUAGAAUCCCAUAUCUCCAAAACGCAUCCAGGACACAGAAUGUGUUCAUAAUCAUUGCCACAUUCUGAUAAACUUUAUAUUAUUAAAGAGCACGUACAUAUAUAUACAUUCACAAUAUUAUUGUCAAAACAGAAUUCUCAGAAUAUCUCUUUCACAAAUCUUAAAAUGCACAAAUAGACCUGAAUAUGAAACGCAGGUUCUGAUGUAUAAAAUAUUCUAAUUCAAACUUGAAAUGAUAUCUUUACAUACAAUUAUUAAAUUCUUAUCAAAAUAGAAGAAAUAAAUCAUAAUUUAAAUUGUUGCAAAUUUUUUAGUACAAAUAAUAAUGAUCAAACAUCAAAGUUGUAUCCCAUUACACACGACAAAAAGUACCGUAUUUAUCCUGAUUAAAGGGCCAACACAUUUGGCUAUACAAUGAAAUCACAUAAAUUUUGUUAGUACUACACUCAGCCAUUCCAAUACAAUACAAUGUAGACGUUUUUUCAAUAUGUUGUAAUCUAAAAACACAAAUACUGCCCCAAUCAUUCUCAGAAUAUUACACAACCGAUGUAAACCUGGAGCUGAAGUUAUGUUACUUUGAUAAAAAGAAGAAGAAAAAUGACAGUUUUAGCAUUUUCACUGAUGACUGGAAGUUACAAAAUCUGGAUUGAAUCCAUCUAGACUAACAGGCAUUAUCCAAAACUCACCAUGUCUAGUACGACCGAUGUAAUUAGUAUAUUUAUCAAUGAUUUUAAACACAAAUGUAAUCGGAGCCCCAGAUAGGUUAGAGAGACCAGACUUUAUACACCCCGUACAGGUUAGAGGCCGUGUGAUCGGCAUUGUGUAAGGUACCUCAAACCAGGUGUACCCAUCAAUCAAUCUCAUUAAAGGUAUUCAAAGUACUGUCAACUUAACAGAACAAAUCAAUUUUAAA